AUGACCACGAAGGCGAGGACGACAACGACUAUCGAAGAGAAGGUUUUGCAUACAGCCGACAAGCUGGAUCGACCAGUGGCUCCACAUCGAUACUCCUUCCCGAUUGCAAUGGAAGAGGCAACUCUCAUUGAAGUCGAGGAGGGAAGUCAUAGUGGUGGUUUCCAGCGGGAUCUGUAUGGAUGUGCCAGCUGUUCGGAAAAGAUUCCUCAUACAAAAGCUCGAAUCUUAUGCAGUCGAUGUCUAAAUUACCAUUUAUGCUCGAAUUGCUACGUUAUCAAGAGCUAUGCCAAACCUCAUGUCGACUCGCAUCAAACCAAAGUCAUCACAGUAUCUGGCUUCUUCGUCCCAGGCGCACCAACAGUCCCUCCAAAACCAGCUCCAGCGUUACCGCCUCGAGCAAACCCCGCGCCCGCAUUAUCGAUAAAAGACACGGUUGAAAUUCCUACAGCUGAUUGGGGAUUAUUAUGGAAUAUCAUGAAAGCUCCAUUGCAGAAGAAGGGUCCAAAACUCCCAACUAAAGAUAAAGAUGGCCUGGCGAUCGAGGUGAAGGAUGUGACAGGAGGAGGCAUGGCAAGUGGGAUGAGCAAUCUUCCACCCUCACCACCAACUUCUGUAAAUCUUCUCGACGAUGCAGCUACCACGAAUCCAAUGCCCGAAACCUGGGAACCUUUAUUUGCUGCAGACUCCACACCGACACCCAUCUUCAUCGCCCUGAUGAGCACAAUUUUCAGCCAUCUCGACCCGUCACGCACCGGUUAUUUGAGCCCAGAAACAUACUCUGACUUUCUUGACACUCAAGGCUAUCAGUGGAAUGCGAAUGUUUGGAAAAAUGCACUGGACUCAGAAAACAAUGAGAACCCCAAAGAUUUAGCAGACGUUGAAUUUGGAAAUUACCUCGCAGAAAUGAGCAUCUCCCACGAACUUCGCGUUCGCUCAGACAACGAAUCAACUUCCGAAUCAGUAGAAGCAUCAUUAGAUGCAAAUCAAAACUACAGUCCGAAAAUGCCAAUGUUGACCAAACAAGGCUUCAUGGAUCUGAGUGCGAUCGAAUAUCUGGUAAAUCCGGACAAAGCACUUGACUACCUACGAAAGGCUCUCGACGAAUACGGAAUUUGGAAGGGACUGGGGGAGAUGCCACGGGUUGCUCUCCCUAAUAAUUCGUUGCCUAAAGCGUCUCGAACUAAAUCGAAUGCAACGGCGGAGAGAAAUGUUGUAGUCGAAGAAGGAAAGGAGACGAUGAGCCCCCCGCCACUGCCAAAGCGUAGUCCAACCGUGGAGGCAAAGGCCAAGACACCGGGUAUGAAGGAUGAAUUUGAUGAGGUAGAUUUGAAGGAGAAAGUGUCUAAUAAUACUGAUCUUGACUCGGUCGCGGAGUCGAAGGACGAGAAGACUGUCGACGCAGGGACUGGAGAGCAGGCAUCUAGUCCUGGCGAACAGAAGGUUCAAAAGGAGAAUGAUGAGAAGGCAAAUGAUACCAUUACAAUGUCUCGACGCUUUAUAUCAACGAAGCUGCGCAAUCGCGGAGUCGUGUCAUCCGUUAUUUGCACCCCUCGAACGCCCGAUGGAGUGAGAAUUGCUCUCUUCAAACGAAAUCUUGAAACUUCGUAUUACGCUGGAAAAUGGGCCCUAUGCAGCGGCUCCAUCGAAACUAGUGACCAAAACCCAGAAGCAGCCGCAAGCCGAGAAAUCCUCGAGGAAACCGGACUGGGUAAAGACGACGUAAAACUGCUUACUCGAGGCGCUCCGUAUCAGCUAGAGGACAAAGAGUUGAACACUCUGUGGACUAUUCAUCCUUUCGCCUGGCAAUUUGAUGAAAAUGCAUCUGGAAAAACAAUCACGCUGGAUCGCGAGCACGAGAAAUACGUUUUUAUAAGUCCCAAGGACGUCAAAACUUACGACCAUGUACCGCAACUAGAUCUUGCACUUAAGCGUGUCUUGAUCAGUCCCAUGUUAGAAGAGGGGCUCGCAGCAUUAUCAGCCAAGCAUUCAGAGGGCACGCAGGUCCUGGCGGUAGAGGCCUUGACUUUACUCCUGAAUAUUGUGGAGUACUGGCAAGUCGGAUUUUUCGGUUCUAAGAAAGAGUUUUGGGACGAGCUGAGAUGGGUCGGAUGGCACAUCAUGAAGAACGGUCUGCCGGCCGUUGGCAAAGGGCCGGAUCCUUCCCUUGCGAUUUUAAAGGUCCUGCUCGCCGUUCAGGCAAGACUUACGGUUCCGGGCGGCGUAUCGAGGCACUUGGUGCAUAAAUUAGAAAGAUUACAGAUUUUCACGAUUGAUGAGAUAGCGUUGAUGAUGGACUUUGCGAGGACUCGUUCGGAUAAGCUUGUGAAAGUUCCUCAUCGUAAAAAGUGGCUGGAGAAAACUGUUUUCUCUGAGCUAUGA